CCCGGCGAGUGCGGCGGACAGAGGAGCCGUCGCCGUCGUCGCACCAUCACCCUGCUGUCCACCGCGCCGGCAUGGACGUGUCCAAGGGCGUGUCCGAGGACGUGUCCAAGGACGAGCUGCGGCUGACGGGCGUGCGCUGCGUGGACGCCGUGGACGCGGACGGCCACGACGACGUCGAGGGCAAGACGCAGCAGGACCAGGAGGGUAUGCAGGUCGCCGUCAACGGGGCCUCCCGGGCCCCAGGCAGUGCGGGCAAGGUGGCUGAGCAGGCGCCAGGCCCGUCGCCGUCGCUGCACCAGGUGCGGAUGUGGCUGCACCGGAAGCGCGCCUGGCUCCACGAGCACCGCGCCGCCGCGCACCGCGCGAGCGUGGUGGCGGGCCACACCCUCGUCGCCGUCUACAUCGCCUUCGCCGUGCUGCACUGGCAGAGUCAAGUGAAAGCGGGCCGAGCUCAAGAUCUGCAGUUCUGCGAGGGGCUGGGCUUCCUCAUCCUGGUGCUCAGCGCCCUCUACCUCGGCCUGGGGUACUACGCCGUGCUCAAGCCGCACGCGCUGCCGUGGCUCCUCCGCACCACCAAGCCCCUCAGGAGGACGGUCUCACCGUGCCUCGGGCGGCGCGCGCUGCGCUGGUCCGCCCUGGCGGUGGCGUUGGUCGCCCUGCUCGCCCUCCUGCUGGUGGACAUCGGCGGCGACGUGCGCAGGCUGGUGUCCUUGCUCGGGGUCUUGGUGUUCGUGGCGCUGGGAUGGGCCUUCUCUCGCCACCCGAGGCAAGUGCGCUGGCGGCCCGUGCUCACCGGGCUGCUGCUGCAGUUCCUCAUGGGGCUGCUCACCAUCCGCUUCCCGCAGGGCCGCACCGCCCUGGAGUGCCUGGCCGAGAAGGUGGCGGCCCUGCUGCGGUGCGCCGACACGGGCUCCGCCUUCGUCUUCGGCGACAUGCUGGUCGCGGAGAAGUCAGUCUUCGCCUUCAAGGUGCUGCCCGUCGUCUUCUUCUUCAGCAGCCUGAUCCAGGUGCUGUACUACCUGGGCGUCAUGCAGUGGGUGGUGAGCCGCGUGGGCGGCCUGCUGCAGGCCGUGAUGGGCACCACGGUGUGCGAGUCGGUCAACGCGGCGGGUAGCGUGUUCCUGGGCAUGACGGAGAGCCCCCUGCUCAUCAAGCCCUACAUCGAGAGCCUCACCAGCUCCGAGCUGCACGCCGUCAUGGGCACCGGGUUCGCAACCGCCUCGGGGUCCGUGCUGGCGGCGUACAUCUCCUUCGGCGCGGAUCCCGGACACCUCCUGACGGCGUCCGUCAUGUCGGCCACCGGCGCCCUGGCCUACUCCAAGCUGCUGCUGCCCGAGACGGAGGAGUCCCGGACCACGGCCGAGCACCUCGUCGGGUCCGGCAGCGCAGAGGACGAGGACGGCAGCGUUAUCGACGCGGCGGCGCGAGGCGCGAGUGCGGGGAUCAACAUCGUGCUCAACAUCGCCGCCAACCUGGUGGCCUUCGUGUCGCUGCUCUACCUGGUCAACAGCGUCGUCGCCUGGCUGGGAGGACUCGUCGGCCUGCAGGAGUUCUCCUUCGAGUUCUUGCUGGCCAAGCUGUUCGUGCCCGUGGUGUGGCUCAUGGGCGUCGAGCCCUCCGAGUGCGAGAGGGUGGCCACCCUCGUGGGCCUCAAGACCGUCGUCAACGAGUUCGUCGCCUUCCAGCGGAUGGGGGACAUGAAGGCGGCGAACCUUCUGUCGCCGCGGUCCUUGGCCGUGAGCACGCUGGUGCUGUGCGGCUUCGCCAACCUGGGCUCCCUCGCCAUCCUCAUCAGUGUGCUGUCCGCCAUCGCGCCCUCGGCCAGGACCACCGUGUCCGACGUGGCCCUGCGGUCGCUGGUCACGGGCAUCGUCACCUGCUGCAUCACCGCCAGUAUCGGAGGCAUGUUGAUGCCGGAGGACUCGUUCCCGGUGGCGUUCCAGGCACCCGACCAAAUUCUCAACCGAACCAUCAUCGCCUGAGGGUAUUAAGCGACCUUCCCUUCACUGGGUGCAGACCCAAUUUACCCUAUUUAUUUUCUAGCUAGUGUAGAAAAAUGUUUGUGAUCUCGAGACAUAUUUUUGGACUAUAGGAUACAUGAAAAUAUACUGGAGAAAUUUAA